AUUCCUACUUUCUACCUGGGAAUCUUAGCUUUAGCAGGCUUGGCUAUCAGGGGUGGCCGAGCCGGACAGGACGCCCGCAGACAAAGCUGACUGAGCUCGCUCCCUCAACCUCAUCAUGGCCUCUACUGGUCUGCAAAUCUUGGGGAUCGUCCUGACCCUGCUUGGCUGGGUCAACGCCCUGGUGUCCUGUGCCCUGCCACUGUGGAAAGUGACCGCCUUCAUCGGCAACAGCAUCGUUGUGGCCCAGAUGGUAUGGGAGGGGCUGUGGAUGUCCUGUGUGGUCCAGAGCACUGGCCAGAUGCAGUGCAAGGUGUACGACUCACUGCUGGCGCUGCCCCAGGACCUGCAGGCUGCCAGAGCCCUCUGUGUUGUCACCCUCCUCAUUGUCCUGUUUGGUCUGCUCGUGUACCUGGCCGGAGCCAAGUGCACUACCUGUGUGGAAGACAAGAACUCCAAGUCUCGUCUGGUGCUCGUCUCUGGCAUCAUCUUUGUCAUCUCCGGAGUCCUGACUCUCAUUCCCGUCUGCUGGACUGCCCAUGCCAUCAUCCAGGACUUCUACAACCCCUUGGUGGCUGAUGCCCAAAAGCGGGAGCUGGGGGCCUCCCUCUACCUGGGCUGGGCAGCCUCGGGCCUUUUGCUGCUAGGUGGAGGGUUGCUGUGUUGCGCCUGCUCUUCUGGAGGGCCCCGGGGACCUGGCCACUACAUGGCCCGCUAUUCUACAUCUGUCCCACAUUCUCGAGGGCCCUCUGAAUACCCCACCAAGAAUUACGUCUGAUGCUCACUGGGGAGUGAGAUUCUACUAGCCAGGGGAUUUGAGCUGAGCCAUCAGGAAAUGAUGCCAAAUAGUUUGGGGGUUGUCUUGUUUCUUGGUUUUCUUUUGCAAUACUGGGUAUUGAACCUGGGGCCCUCACACAUUUGUUAAGCAAGCACUCCACCAGUGAGCUAUGUGGUAGCCUGCCCCUAGGGUUCCACUUGUUUUUGAGACAGGCUCUCCUUAUGGAGCUCUGACUAACCAGCUCCAGUUUUCCUGCCUCAGCCUGAGUCCACGCUCCACCUAUCUCUCUGCCACUGGCAUUUCUCACUUUUAGCGACUGCGACUGGAAGGAUGUGACACCUGAGUUCCUGAGUCUUUAAUUCAUUCUGGGAAUCUUCUGUGCAGAGUGUUUUAAACAAAAACACUUUGAAUCUGGCCUUUGUGAGUCUCAAAAUGACCUGUCCCAAGAGUUCCUGCUGUGGCAGGAGUCAACUCUAGGCAGACACACCCUCUCCUGGUCAGACUUUUCUUCCCAGUCCUGGAAGAGCAGGUGAUAAGUUACUAAAGAAUUUUCUACCCUAAGUCUUUCAACCUUUGGCCCCUGAAUCCCAUCACCAAGGUUACUGUGUACUCCUCCCACAUGAGAUCCCCGCUGUGCUAUAGACCCUACUCCCCAUACCUCUAACCUUACACAUUUCCCUGCCCACACGAUGUUAACUAAAUAAAACAUGGAGGUUUUCUU